UCAAUAAAACAUAGCGCAUGGUAGUUUAUAUAUGUUAGGUACCUGUUAUGUUUAUGUAAAGACUCUUGAUAAGUUGUCUGAUGUAACACUUUGAUUUUGAGUAUUUUUUAUAAUUGUUUUUUAAUUAUGUAUUUUGCACAGAUGUCGGAUAGAUCUGAGAUAACAUUGAAAAAUGAUCGCUGGCCGGGUAUGUGGAUGCACAUAAAGACUGGGAUUAAGAGUUAUGGACAUAAGAGAGUACCCUUCUGUACCUUUUUUCCAUCGGUGGAUCCUACCUAGGUGCGGAAGUGACUACCUAAAUGUACCGUUCAUCCGAAGAUUCCCCCUUGCCGAUAUCCGAUAAGAGAAUCCCAGAAGGCUCGCGUCCAAGGAGCUUCGACGAUGCCGACGCAUCAACUUCAUCACCCAUUUUGUACUGCUUGGCCUCGUCUCAGAAUCGACUCAAUUACGGUAACCCCCCUUGCAAAGCCGCAAUUGUCGUGACUCCUUAGUCAGAAUAAAGGGAAUAAUUGAAGAAAAUUUUAUAUAUGUCAAGGCCGCAAAACAUGUCAGCUUCGCCUACGUCACUUGGUUCUUCCGAAGUGGCUGCUGAUCAGCCCAAGGAUACCACCGCGUCGCAUGAACCCCUGCCCGGUGCUCAACCGAAAUCUCAGGACGCAAGUCAUGACGAUCCUAUACCAUCCGAAUCUCCUGAGCAAAGAAGCAGCUUUACACCCGAAUCAUCUAUAGCAUCGCCUCAAUCGCGAGAAUCUGGCGAGGCUUCGCCUGUCGCUGAAGAAAGCGCUCCUCCCUUGCCGAACGAACCGCCACCCGCGACCGAAGACGACGGCUGGGACUUCCAUUGGGAUGCAACAAGUCAGGCCUAUUUCUUUUACAAUCGAUUCACCCACGAAACCACUUGGGAAAACCCUCGGCUGGCCAAUAAAGGCUCGGCCGCGAGCUCGACGCUGCAGGCGCAGGAAAUCGCGUCUAGCCCUGUCGCUGUCGCUGUCGCUCCUGAGCUGCCGAAAAAUGAACGGCCCCCAGCUGGAGGCUAUAAUCCGGCGAUCCACGGCGACUACGAUCCGAACGCCUGGUACGCCAAGCAAGGCGCGGAGAAUGCACCGGGGCAGGAUCCAUCAGUAGACGCGUCGGCCGCCUACGCGGCUAUGGGUACAUUCAAUCGCUUCACCGGGCGCUGGCAAGGCGGCGACCAGAACCCCGAUAACCACAACGACGAGGCCAAGUCUCGGCGACAAAUGAACGCGUUCUUUGACGUCGACGCGGCUGCCAACUCGCAUGACGGACGGAGUCUAAAAGCGGAGCGGUCCGGCAAGAAGCCGACUAAAGCCGAGCUCAAGCAGUUCAAAGAAAAGCGCCGCGCGAGGAAGGAAGAGAAGCGACGGGCGUGGCUGAGAGACUAAGAAGAGCCACGUGGCUUGCUAUGCUACCUGGGGAACUAGGUAGGUAUAUUGGGGAGGAGGAGGGAGGGGCGGAUACCUGCAUGGUGCAUCGAGGUCGAGGUCACAUACACGGCGUUGGUGCAUACGG